GUCCGCGCUAGUUAAUGUUAGCUCGAACCACCAAGAGAGUCGCAUCUCUCAACAGCGCACACACACCGACACACACGCAUGCACGCACGCGCGCGCGCGCACGCACACGCACACGCACACGCACACAGACACGUGCGCGCGUGAAGUUGAUUUCAAAAGUUGCGGAGUUGUUGUUAAUAUAUCGACGUACGCACGAAUAUAUUUGUAAUUUUCCAAACUUUCGGUGAAAAGUCUUCUCCAAGAUAUUUCAUCUUGGUUAGAGCGAUCUGAUCGCUGCAAACGGGGAGCGAACAUUGAAAAAGCUGCCGGCGAUUCAGCGGCAGCAUCUCGUCAACGCGGUUCGAAAAUUCAUUUUAAAACGCAUUGUUCGUUGGUUCGCGAAUCAAGAUCGUGUGCUCGGCGAGCGAGCCGACAAAAGUGUCCGGCUAAUCGGCAAGGUUUUGUCGCGACGAGCUAAACGGAUCGCGGAGUUCUGGGCAAAAUUGAAACAAAAAAAAAAAAGAAAAGAAAAGAAAAAAGAAAAAAAAAAGGAUAAUAAAAAACGGUUGAAAGUGGGAGGAUAGAUUUGGGAUCAGUGCCAGUGAACCUGUCGGUUGAUUCAAAGUGCACCAGUAACCCCGGGGCGAUCAUAAAGAACUGGAUAAAUUCCGAAUUAACUCAGUGCCAUCUCGCCAAGGGAUACGUCAAACUAAAACGAGCAAGAAACAACCGGAGAAACUCGAGGAUACCUUGAAUUUGUUUGGCUCUCGUUCGUCGUAUUACGAGACUAAAAAACGAGUGCGAAAAAUGCUUGCAACAAUGGAAGAAAUAACUAUGAUGUAUCGUCCGCAGAGCUCGUCGCUUCUAACGUCGAACAGCAGCAGCAGCAGCAGGAACGACAGCAGCAGUAGUAGCACGAGCAGCAGCAAUAAAAGAAGCAACAAUUGCAGCAAAAGCAGACUAAACAGCUCGUCGAGUGUUUGUACAUCGUCUCUGGCGAUAAUAUCGAGGCGAUGCGUGUCGAGCCGUACAAAAAUUUCGACAUCGGGAAACACGCAUUCGUCUAUUUAUCCGAGAUGUACGACAACGACGACGAUGACAGGGGCAACUUCCGUUUCGUCCUCGUCGUGUCCCGUUUUACUCUCGGUACUGGCGUGGUCAGUCGCGCUUUUACUAAUAUCUUCGUGUCUCGGUAUCGCCGAUGCUGGGGUUCUCAUGGGACAUCCAUUGGGAAAAAGAUCCUUCAUGCAAUUACAGUGUAAAGGAAUAUACGACGGAAGCAUCUUUGCGCGCCUCGAUCGCAUUUGUGAGGAUUGCUACUAUUUGUUCCGUGAGCCAACUUUACACACUCUGUGCGGGCAAGAUUGCUUCAGCACAAAAUACUUUACGAGCUGCAUUCAAGCGCUGCUGCUUGAGGAUGAGAAAGAAAAGUUCCAGGAGAUGGCGGAUUACCUUGGCCGCAGAAAGUGAAAUGGAGGAAUACUUAUGAAAACGAUAAAAACGGACGUCAGUACGAGAGAAUGAGAGAAGAAUGGGGAGCAGAAGAGAGCGAGGAGAGGGCGAAAGAGGAAGAGAAAUCGAGAGAUGUUAAAAAACAAAAAAAAAGACGAUCGAAGUGGGGAUAAAUCAAUUUUCCGAGAUGGGCGACAAAUUUUUCCGAGUUUCCAUCAAAACAUACCAUUAAAAGCAACCAGUCGGUGCUUAUUUACAAACGGUAUACAAAUUUAAGUUUUACAAUAAUUUUUCAUUCGACCGGAUUAUACAAAAGUAAAUAAUGAGCUGAGGACUGUCCUCGUUGGGACUCGAAAAAGGGGGAGGAAGUCGAAAAAAAGCGCAAAAGAGAAGAGAUAGAGAGAGAGAGAGAGAGAGAGAGAGAGAGAGAGAGAGAGAGAGAGAGAGAGAGAGAGAGAGAAAAGUAGAUCUCGAACGUCGUCGUAACUGCACGUCCUAAGGCUUAAGCGGAACGGUACCAAGGGCCAUACAUCCCAUUACGAAUUCUAGUCGAUAUAAACAUAUAUCUACGCGCUAGUUAUCGCGUGUGCGUACAUACGAUUAUAAUUAUUGAACAAAAAGAAAAAGUAAAAAAAAAAAUUAAAAUUAAAAUUAAAAUUAAAAAAAAAAAAAACAAAACAAAACAAAAUAAAAAUUAAAUACAGACGAACUCAUAAACGCACACUCACACGCACACUAUUGCAUACAAGCUGACACUAUAAAAUCGUACACUCGUAUAGAAACGAUGAUGAA